CUCUGUAAGCAUUGGGACUGAGUGUCCCUGUACCUACCCACCUCUGCAAUCAGAUCAGCUUAUAAGUCUCCAGGGAAAGGCUGUGCAGGGCACACCCAGCCUGUGACUCUCCUGCUGGCCUCAGCUGACUCUACUCAGACAAUGUCAUCCUCCGUCUCCCGGGGACUCCUUUGGCUAGCAGGCCUGUGCUGCCUUUUCUCUGGCUCCCAGCCUCAAGAUUCCUUGCAGAGAGAUGUGGAUGAACAUGACCAUGAACAUGUGGAGUAUGCGUUUUGCGAAAGGUUCCACUACAACAUCAUCCAGUUAACCUUCACCUUGUAUCAGAAGUCUGAUAGUUGGACAAAAGAUACCAACAUCUUAUUCUCCCCAGUGAACAUCAUUGUUGCCUCUUUAAUCAUCUCCCUGGGAGCCAAAAAUAAUACCCACAACCAGAUCCUGGAGGGACUGCAUAUCAACAUUACAGAAACAAUAUAUUACUCUCUAUUAUGUAUAAAGCAGCUUAUGAAUAACCUCCUUCUGGCAGACCACAAGCCACAGCAGCUAACCAUAAACAGCAGCAUAUUCAUUGACCAGAAUCUGAAGCUGGUAGACUUGUUUGUAAACACGAUCCAUUGGCUGAACUCAAUAAAACCCAUUCCUGUCAACUUCAAUGACACCUACAGAGCCCAAAAACAGAUUAAUGAGUAUGUGGAGGAUGAAACCCAAGGGAAAAUAGUGGGAUUGGUCAAGGAUCUGGAGAAAGACACAGCUUUUGCUCUGAUGAAUUACAUCUUCUUCCAAGGCAAAGAGUAUGAUGAAGCCGAGGCUGAACACACCUUGGAGGAGGACUUCCAUGUGAACAAGUACAGGACCGUGAAGGUGCUCAUGAUCAAUCGCCGAGAUAGGUAUUUAUUGUACCGAGAGGGAGAGCUGUCCACCUGGGUGGUGGUGAAGCCUUAUAUGGGUGAUGCCACCGCCAUCUUCAUGAUGCCUGACCAGGGGAAGAUGAAGAGACUAGAGGAAACCUUGAAUCAAAAUCACUUCGAAAAUAUCAUGAGGCUCACCAACGUAAGGACUGCAAAUGUGUACUUUCCCAAACUGACUAUGUCCACAACCUAUGACCUGGAGAUCAUCCUGAGCACACUGGGCAUCACCCAGGCCUUCAGCAAUGAGGCUGACCUCUCAGGAAUCACACAGGAUGCUCCGCUGAAGCUCAACAAGGUGAGGUCAUGUGACAAUGGCAGUAUUCCAGCUGCCAACAGGGCUGAACGGGAUGUGAGGGCAGAUCAGACAUGAGUCUGAGGAAAGGGC